AAAAGAGUACUGAGGAAAGACGUACAGAGAGGAGAUCGACAGGGAGGAUAGAGGACCUAACGCAAGGAGCAGGGAUGCGCGGAUAAAGAAGUGAGGCGCGGAGGGGAAUCCAGGAUCCGAGAUUAACCUCAACAAACACACACACUCACACACACACUCAGAGCUGGAGCGAGGAGCGAUGGAAGAGCUGCGUGAGAUGGACUGCACGAUGCUGAAGCGGCUCCUGAAGGAGGACGGAGCUAAUAAGUGCCUGCUGCUGGACUGCCGCUCCUUCCUCGCCUUCAGCGCGGGCCACAUCCGUGGCGCCGUCAACGCCCGCUGCAACACCAUCGUCCGGAGGCGGGCCAAGGGCUCCGCGCUCAGCCUGGACCAGGUCCUAGCCGGGGACGAGGAGGUCCGCCUCCGCCUGCGCUCUGGGAUGUACUCCGCCGUGGUGCUGUACGACGAGCGGACACCGGACACGGACACCGUGAAGGAGGACAGCACCGUGAAUGUGGUGCUCAACACGCUGUACAGGGACUCCCAGGGAACACGCACAUACCUGCUCAAAGGAGGUUACGACCGAUUUUUCACUGAGUAUCCAGAAUUUUGCAUAAAGACCAAAUCCAUCCCGUCCCUCAGCAGCCAGUCCAGCAUGGACUCCUCCUGCUCAUCGUGUGGAACGCCGCACAACGAUCAGGGCGGCCCCGUCGAGAUCCUCCCAUUCCUCUACCUCGGCAGCGCCCUUCACGCCUCAAAGAAGGAGGUUUUAGACGCCAUCGGAAUCUCCGCCUUGUUGAAUGUGUCGGCCGACUGCCCCAACCACUUUGAGGGAGCGUACCAGUACAAGUGUAUCCCAGUAGAGGACAACCACAAAGAAGACAUUAGCUGCUGGUUUCUGGAGGCCAUUGAGUUCAUAGAUUCAAUACGGGACUCCAGUGGACGAGUGCUGGUCCACUGUCAAGCAGGCAUCUCCCGCUCGGCCACCAUCUGCCUGGCCUACCUGAUGAAGAGGAAGCGAGUACGUUUGGACGAAGCAUUCGAGUUUGUGCGUCGGCGCCGCAGCAUCAUCUCCCCCAACUUCAGUUUCAUGGGACAGCUGCUGCAGUUUGAGUCGCAGGUCCUCGCCACCUCCUGCGCAGCUGAGGCGGCGGCCACGGCAAGCCCGCUGCUCGGACCCAAGUCCACGACAGCCACCGCCUCAGUGACAGCCCCGCCCAACUCUCCGUUCAUUUUCAACUUCCCAGUCUCUGUGGUGAACCCGGUCUACCUACAUCACAGCCCCCUCACGACCUCGCCCGGCUGCUGAUGCACGGCCCUUCCCCUGACACUAAGUGAGCACAGACUGGGCGUCCAUUGACCAGAGGAGAAUCCAGUCUCACUGACCACAAGCUUCCACGGCAGGGAGUUGAGGAGCGUCACGGUGCCUGAUUCAAAACACAAUGAAAAAACCUUUUUUUGUUGUUUCUUUUUCUCUGAACUUUACAAACCAGCCAACGGUCUGCUCAUCUUCACAAGACGUUACUCCAGAUGACCAAAAAUUAGAUUUCCACUCUUGUUUUUGUGACAAAGUUCACUCAGAGUGUUGGACUGGUUCACCUUCUUCCGAUGUACACACACGCUUACACAAACGGUCUAGCACAGAGAGGCCUGAGCAGCACACACACCCACAACUACUGACUGAAUAAGCUCAGUAUGAAGAUAGCUUGUUGCUAUGGAGACGAGGUCUUUAGGAGAGGAGAUGGACACAGGAAGGAAGGAGGAAUUUUAAGCACCCGCUCUUUCCUCUUUGGGUGUCCCUCCUGCUGCCCGACAAAAGGAACGGAUGAAAAAAAAAGAGAGGAGGGGAGUUGGUGACAGAAAGCAGGAGCCUCUUCAGUGACAGGUGUUCUGUUGGGGAUCCGACCGGAGCUUCCUGUCCUUCAGACGUCCUCUUCCUCCCCCCUCGCCUCACCCUCCUCCCCUCUCAUCUCCUUUUCAUUCUUUUAUACUUCCUCCCUCCUCUUCAUCCUCUCAUUUGAAGCCCGCCUGCACCCUCUUCUCAGCUCUUAGUCUGAAAUAAAUAAAAUAUGAUGCCAAAAAAAGGCAGGGGUCCUUGUAAAUGGACCGGGGAAACCCUGACCGGAUGUGGGAAGCCCAGAAAAUGUAUUUUCUUUUUCUUCAUUUUUAGAUGAAAGGGCUGAAAAUUUGGGGAAUUAAGUGGUUAUUUAAAAACAAUAUACAUCUGUAUAUUAUUAUUAAUAAGAUGCAUGCCGAAGAUUUAAGACGUUUUUUGGCAAAGAUUCUCUUUUUGGGUCAAACUUACGAGUGCUGGAAGACUUAAAGGACCAUGCUGGUGUAUUUUUUUUCUAUCCUUUAUCCACUAUAAAUUUCCUAAACUGUUGAUCAUUUUCCAAAAACUAACUUUUAAGAUGUGAAUUUCCAUUUGUUUGUUUUCUGAAUUUAACUCCACAUUUGGCUCCUCUUUGGUGCCUUGAAAAAUGUUUAGCUAUGGAAAAAAUGUACAUCGUCGUUGGAUGGUCCUUUAAGAUGUUUGUGCCUUGUUCAUAAAGGUAUCCUCUUGACUUUGGCAUUCCAGAUAAAGUGGUGUUUUGUUCAUUUCUCUUGCGUCCAUAUCUGCAGGAUUUCUGAAUGUUGGUCAGACCCCUAAAAACAGAUCGGAUGGAUUUUUAAAGACAAGAAAAUCUUAAUUUUUAAAAAAAAAAUUUAAUAUAUAAUUUCCCUGACACACUCUUUUAGGAACAAUAUAAAUCUACUGUGAAAGAGUAGAGAAUCGACCAGAUAUCAGAUAGAUCAGCGUAAUCUGUGCUCUAAAAGUUAAAAACAUCCCAUCCUGGUCUGUAAAUACCAAGCAACAAUAAAAUAGGUUAAAAACAAAAAGUCAUUUCACAGUUCAGAUCUUCCAUGCAGAAGUUUUUAUUUAUUUUCUAUUUAAUCAUAAAAUAUUGUAUUUUGUUAAUUAUAGUCCUUAGAUACCUCUGAAUCUGACACAAUCAUAACUCAAAUCAGAAAUCGGCCCCGAGAACCAGAAUCGGUGCAAAAACAAAAGCACAGGAAAAGCAGCCGAUUUUCUGCUCGUCACCAUUCAUGACAUCACUAUCUGAAACAUUACUAGUGUUAAUUCAGGCUAAGCUGUGCACUGUGCUGGACCAACAAAACGCAAAAAACAAGCAUACAACAGUCCUGACGUACAGGAACAACACACACACACACACACGCUCGAGGUCUCAACUAAACUCUGUUCUCAAGAACUGUCGGCACCAAUCUCUGUAGCACUUUGAAGUGAUGCAAUACUGUAUUUGUAGUUCAUGGUUGAUUUGCACAUCGUGGUGAUGGCCGACUGACUUGAGUUUGUUGAAGUGUUCAGAGAAACGAGACCCAAUCGGUGAAAAAUGCAAUACUUUGUACACAUGUAUGUGUGUGUGCUUGAGUGUGUGUUGUACCCACCUGUUUAUCUGCCUCUCUGUGUUAGUCUGUCUCACCCGGUUCUGUCUCUCUGUUCACCCAACGUGGCAAUAUAACGUCCACAAAUGACCCCCCCCCCCCCCCCACACACACA